CGCGUCGGCCGCUAGCCGGAUCCCAGCUGCGGGGCGGGAGGGGUCUGAAGAGCGCUCUGCACAUGCUUAACGGGUCUUCCCGUGGUCUUGCUUCACACUUGUCAGGGUGGAGCUGGGGUGAGUGCCAGCCCAAGCCAAGCCCUGGCCUGGGGCUGGUUGUGCUUCUACGCUGGCGACGGGAAGGCGCUCUGCACAUGGUUAGCUGGACUCUAUUUUAUGAAUAUUUCCGCAUGCUCAAGGGAUACGGCGUGGGAAGGAAAUCGCGUGCUAACUUGGAUUCGGCCCCUGUGAUUUCCUGGCCUAGAAGAAACUCUGAAUUUUUUUUGCCAAAGGUUGUACUUAGAGAAUAGAGCUGGGUUCAACUGCUUUAGCUCUGCACGUGAACAGUGUUACAGUGAAUAUGUCACCCAUUCCCAGUCCCUUCCUUGUAACUGGAAAUCGAUUCCAAGGUGAAGCCCAAGUUGCCUAAAGUUGCUUUCCCUUCCUGAGACGUUUGACCUGCUUUAUCAGCCCUUCACAUGAUCCAUGACUCUGCCCCACCUUACUGAAACCAGGCCCCAGCUUUAGCCCAUGGCUGAGUGGGCUGCCAACAAAUCCCCAGGCAAGCCUUUAUAAUGCCAUUCCGACCAGCCUUCCGCCAUUCCUUGACUUACUUCCUCAUGCCAACUGAACCCGUUCCCUCCUUGCCUUGCUUGAAACAGGUGUGGGUGGCGCUUCAAGGACUGGGGCACAGGCUCAGGCAGGGCACAAAGUUGCAUAAAUGUGCAGAGUGCCCCUGCACAUUUAAGAUGGCCAGUGGCUGGGCUCUCACCUGCAUGGCUCUCACCACCAAGACGGAGAGAAAAUGUGUGUGUUUUUUAAGUUCAGAAGGAGGAGGAAAGGGGCAUAGGAUCUGCAGCAUGGCACAAAACAAUCUGAGACUAGCCCCCUGUGCUACCUCCCAGGGGGAUUUUCCUGUCCCCAUCUCCAUCUUUUUAUUUUAGAGAGUGCCUGUUUGGAGUUGUGGGUCAUCAUUUUGACUUUCCUCUUCAGCAGUGGAAGUGUCUUUCUGUCAGCAUGGGGUGCAGCAGGUCCUAGUUUUGGGUAACCUGUGUGUGUAUUUGCAGGGAGAGAGCUGCAUUUGGUUUUUCUGGGGCCUGGGCAAUUGCAGCCAGCUCAUUCUUUCUAGCAGCGUGAGGUGUGGGCCUCUUCUACCCCCCAUUGCAAAUUCCAUUUCUACCCAAGGCUGUUGCUGGUUCAGUGGGCAUGUUCCUUCUCCCUCUGACUCAUGAGGUCAGAGAUCCUGAGAGAAAUCUGGAGCAGCUCCAGAUGCUUCCCCAGUCCACACAGCUGUUUUGCACAAGCUGAACUGUGGCUCUGGCCCCACCCUGAGCCUGUCUCCGCUCUUAUUUUCUUUUUUUUAAAAGAAUAAUAGAAUUGUAGAGUUGGAAGGGUUAUCUAGUCCAACCCCCUGCAAUGCAGGAAUCUCAACAUAGUUUCUCCCCUGUGCAUGUUUGUUGAUGUUUACUAAGGUUUCCGCUAUCACUGAAGCUCUUUCCUCUCUCCAUACAUCCAAAUGGUUUCCUCCUGUGCACACUGUCCAUGUACACCCAGGUUGGUGGGAAACAAAGGAAGGAGGCUGCUGGACUGUUGUUGGAAACGCCCCCUCCCCAAUUUGCUUUGAUGUGGAGUGAAGAGGUGCAGAAAAACUCCUCACGAUGUGUUGGCAUGGUUGGUCUUUGUGAAGAUGCCUGUGCUGAGUUGGAGUGAACCAGAUGUACGGGUAGCCAAUCUGUGUCACAGAUGCCACAAGUGGCAUAAACAGUAAUAAUAACAACACUGAUAAACCUAGAGCAAUGUUCCAAUGGAGCAUUUAAGCAAGUGAAAGUAGACUCCUCCUACUCUGGCCUGGUUAAACCACUGUUCUGAGGAUCGGGGGGGGGGUGUCCUCUGGGCUGCUUUAGAAUCAGAAGAAACCCUUUUGGGAAAUGGGUGUGUACCUGUGGUGCUGACCCAGGGAGGCAUGCCUAAUUGUGACAUUGCCAAACUCUGCAUUGCUGAUGGCCCUGUAUCCAUGACAUCAAAAGCAGCUGGACGUUGUUUUUGUCCUGGCACUGUGGCAGAUGUGGCGUUUGGCAUUCUAAAGAACUCAGGAAGCCUCUUGGCCAAAGAGGGAUGGGCAGUUGCUUUUUAGACCCAUCGACCCAGAAGCUUCUCUUGGUACUGGCUUGGUUCAGAGGAACUCUGGCCUUGUCUGGGUGGUCCUCUGCUUUACUCAGCCCCAACCACACACUGCUUUUCUUGUGGUGGCAGCCUGCUCAUGUUAAGAGACCUGCGAUGUGCUCUCUGUGUGAACUUGUGCUAUUAUCUGCCCAUUCCCUUCCAGCGCUGCCCAUCCCCUGCCAUGUGUCUGUUGGCUUCUAGCCCCUGGAGAGCUGCUCCAGGUGCCAGUCUUUUCACAGAAUCAUAGAAAUGUAGAGUUGGAACUUGGAAGAGUCCCCCAAGGAGCAUCUAGUCCAACCUGCCUUGGCCCUUGAGCUACUUGCUCCUUUGUCCCCUUGUCCAGGUGCGCUUGUGCUUUUCAACCCUGGCAGGGCAGACAAAAAGCCCAAGGGACAAGGUGAUCAUGAAUCAGCACUGUAGCACCUUUCCAAAGCAAACAAGCACCAUCUUGGUGUGGAACAUGAGUGAGACAUGGAAGUCCUCCCCUGGCCCCCUCCACUUGGCAUCAGGGUACCAUGUUCAACCCUGAAUGCAGAACAGAGCUGAAUUCUGGUUGUUGAACUCAAGAACGGCAUGAGAGAAGCUGGAAAGAAUCCAAAGAAGAGUAUCUACCAUGACCAGAGGUCUGAAGAAUACGGGGCAAGGCUGCAGUGCAGAAGCGAUGGCUUGCUAGGUCAGGCCAAAAGUCCAGCUAGUGCAGCUUUAUGUUCCCAGCAGUGGAACAUAAACUCUUCCUGCCCCAGGAUGUUUACAUGUUUUGGGCACCUUUUGCUGUUUUGGUUCAGCACCUAGGACCCCAGUUGCUGCUUCAGUUUGAAGAAUAGAAGUCUCUUGAGAGGAGAAUCUGAUUGCUGUUUUCAGAAUACACAAUAAGUUAAGUUACCUUGAGAGGACCAGGAUCAGUUUCUUCCCUUGUCUUCUGGUUGUGGAUCUGUACACGGGGCUGGGAUUGUAUUUGCAAGAAGUUAGGAAACUGACAUUUGUGUGUGGGAUCCAUGAGGCUUUACUGAAGAAAAGUCUGAAAUGAGAUACUUUUGUGAACAUCCCCUAGAAAAAGAUACCUGUAGUCACUUUAAGUGCCUUAAAUUUAUCUUUUUAUGGCUUCUGUCUCUCUUGUGCUUGAGGCGACUCACUGCAAUAUAUAAAAACAGCACACAUCAGUUCCUUGUAAAUCAAAGAGUAAAAACCUUCCAGGACAGCAACAUAGGUGAGCAGCAGUUUCCUCUGACAGGUCUCCAUCAGCUCCCAAGAGCUCUCUUGAGGAGGCCAUUCUGACCAUAGCUGCCAAGUUUUCCCUUUUCUCGCGAGGAAGCCUAUUCAGCAUAAGGGAAAAUCCCUUAAAAAAAAGGGAUAACUUGGCAGCUAUGAUUCUGACAGACCCUCUUGAAAGCCAGACCUUCUCGUGGGGAGUGAGCGUGUUGGGAAUGAAUGGCCUCAUUUGAAUAUAGCAAUACUGCAAGUAUUUAUUUUUCUUAAAAUGCAUAUCCUGCCUUUCUCCCACCGCAGAGCUUACGUUGAUAUGCAUGUGGGGUUCCCAGACAGUCUCCCAUCCAGGCACUGACCAGACCUAGACCUGAUGAACUUCAGCAAGGUGGUGCUGCCUUCAGAACGUACCUUGGCUUUUGGUGUCCUGGGAUUGAGCUGCGUGGUAGUGUAGUGUAGUGGUUAGAGUGUCAGACUAGGGCCCCUCAGAGGUUUGAUAUCUCUUCUGUUCUCAGUCUUCUGUCUGGCAAGACAGGCACUAGAUAUGUAUCCACACUAAGAGAUGUGUCUGAAAUGUAGGGAAUGGAAGAGAAAUAAAUUUGGCCCACAUUUUGAAGCAAACCAACCUAAUAUGCUAGUCCUAAACACAGCUGUCCAUUGGAUUACACCCUUCUCUGAAUGUUGUAGUUCCGGUUCAGUGGUACAUGUGAAAGGAGGGGAUCCUACAGACCCCAGGCUUAGAGGGGUUUUUAAGGUCAAUAUGACCACAAAUGGUCUCUAGAACUGUUGGACCUCUUGGCAAGGAAAUGCAAAAAAAGGCCAAAGUUAUUUUUAGUGGUGCCCUGAAACAAAUGUUGGUUUUAGUUGAUUUUAGUAUUGCAUUUUUGAUUUUAUUUUGGCUUAUAUUUCUUCACAAGCCAUUUUGUGUGUGUGUUGGGGGGGGGGAAGAGGGUGGAUUCCUGAAAAGUGGUCUAUAAAUCUGCUAGAUGAAAAAUAAAGAGGGACAACUGCUUGAAAACGAGGUUCAAAUUGGGUGCCUCCUGAACAACCGAAAGUGCUUGAAACAUGUGGGCAGAAGGAUCUGCCGGUGGAAAUAUUUAGGAUUACGUAGGAGAGAGGGAAACGGCCAUUGGGGUUCUUUCCUUGACCUCUUUCAGCCAUGCAAGAUGGCUUGUUUUGAUUCCCAUGAGCUGCUGCUGCUGGAUGAAACCACCAAAGUCUGUCGUCACAACAUACUCUCUGGUUUCAAGAAGCAUAAUGCGGAAGAGCCACACCCUGUUCAACCCUUUCAGCUCUGGCCGCUGAAGCUGCUCACCUCCUACCAGGCAGGGCUCAGAAGCUGCCAUGGCCUAGUUAGGAGAUGAGCUUCCUAGGGCGAUGGUGACUGCCGGCCACGUGGCCUUGGGUUGGUCAUGUUCUGUGUUUUGGUGGGUGGCAAGGCCUUCUGGUGCAAUUCCAGCGGGGCAGGAACUCGGGGACUGGUUUAUAGCACCUUCUGACAGUGGAGUGAAAGACCUAUAAAGAGCGAGAUGGUUAUUAUUAGGCUUUUACUAGUUUCUUUCAUGUAAUUUGGGGUACUGCAGUGCAUUCCACUAUUGGGCAGCGUGGCUGAAGCUGCAUAUGCUCAGGUGGGGACUGGAUCUGCUGCACGUGGAUGGCAGUCAGGCUGGGCACUUCCAGCAGUUACAGCAGGAGGUGGCUGAUGGCCCAGAUGGCAAGAGGACCAUUAAGUUUCCAGAUGAGGGUGUGGACCAGCCUUCCCCAACCUGGUGCCCUCCAGAUCUUUCAGGCUACCACUCCCACCAGCCCCAAGCAUUUUAUGACUAUGUUGGGUGAGGCUGAUGAAAGUCCGAAACAUCUGGAGGGAACCAGGUUGGGAAAGGUUGGCAGAGAGAGAAUUUUGGCUCCAUGCUGACUUUUUUUGCUCUUGAAAUGAUGCUGGUACGUACAUUUAUGUUCCCGCUCCUUGAUUUGAUAUCUCUUCUGUUCUCAGUCUUCUGUCUGGCAAGACAGGCACUAGAUAUGUAUCCACACUAAGAGAUGUGUCUGAAAUGUAGGGAAUGGAAGAGAAAUAAAUUCGGCCCACAUUUUGAAGCAAACCAACCUAAUAUGCUAGUCCUGAACACAGCUGUCCAUUGGAUUACACCCUUCUCUGAAUGUUGUAGUUCCGGUUCAAAAGUGCACAAAAAUGCCUAUUUGAUAUGGGUGGGUGAAAAUAGUACAACAUGCAUAUUUUAGGGGAAGAAGUGUGUGUAUACGGUAUGUUUUCAAUCCCCAAAAAGCCUAUGGAUGGAGUGGACCUAGGAUUGACUCCAUGCAAAAGUAGCAUCCCUUCCCAAGAUAUACAUUUAAUCAGAGCGUGUUAUCAACACUUCCUCUUGUCCUAUGCCUAGAAAGCAUGUUCCCCUUGCUCUGCUCCUUUCCCAAGGAAAGCCUGCCCUUAAGCUCACAACAACAACAAUCUGCAGAAACCCAAUGGCUGUUUGUUCCAACUGAGCACUAAAGAGUUGUUGUUCCUGGAGGAAAGCAGCGGGACAAGAGGAAGUGUGGAUAUAAGCCCUGAGUCAGACCACUCUGCCAUUUAGCCCAAAAUUGUCUGCCCUCAGAAGUGCUGGCUCUUUCCCUGUCCUGGACCUUGGGUCGUUUUUAACUGGGAUUGAACCCAGGUCUUUCUCUGUGCCAGGCAUGCACAUUACCACUUGUGCAAUCCAAAGGUUGGCAUGCCUGGCACACUCUGCAGCAUUGCAAGGGAUCCUGCACAAGUCUUGGACCACCUGCUGAUUCCCUGCCACUGAUCCAUGUGCUGCUUUUCCAGGCAACAACUUUGCCUGCUUGCAGAGUGACGGUCUGGCUGAGCUUGCUGACAGCAACCUUGGUUUGCUGCUCAACCUUGAACUGAACUCGGAUCCUUGCACACCAUUCAGCUUGUCACUGGCACUGCUAAGGAAAGGGCAGCUGCUUUGCUCCUUCUACAGUGGUACCUCGGUUUAAGUACACAAUUGGUUCUGGAAAUCUGUACUUAACCUGAAGCGUACUUAACCUGAAGCGAACUUUCCCAUUGAAAGUAAUGGAAGGUGGAUUAAUCCAUUCCAGACGGGUCCGCGGAGUACUUAAACUAAAAGUACUCAAACCGAAGUGUACUUAAACCGAGGUAUGACUGUACCUGCUUCUGUUCCUCCUUUCUGUAUAUUGCAUCUAGUUUGCAGGAUACUCUGCAAGGCAUGCCCCUCUUGCUCCCUUUUUACAGGCUGGGGUGUGGAUUUUCCCUGAUGGAGCUGGGCCUUCCAGGUGUUGAAAAAUCCAUGCUCAACUCUCAAGGGCAAUUUUUGUUUGUCCCCCCCCCUUUGUGAACCAGACCCUACCACUGUGGGUCAACCAAGACCAGACACCUGUUGCUCUAGGCACCCAAGAGGGAUCAUCGCAAAGGGCCUUGGCUCCGCAAAUAUGUAAAUGGCCUCUGUGCUGAAAUUCAAACCAGUAUGAAAGCAAUUUAGAUGUUACACCUCUCCACCUCCCUCCACAUGUACUGGUGUUAUGCUCAGCUCUGUGCAGUGGAGGGCGCUACCCGGAGCUGUAUUACUUGUGCACAGGCUCAAUCCCCCACUCCAGCCACCAGGACAGGACCAUCUGCACUGAACAGCCUCCUCCAGCCUUGGCUGGGGCUGAUGGGAGUUGUAGUCGAGAUCAUCUGGAGAGCACCAGGUUGGGGAAGGCUGACCUAGAACUAUAGUUCCUUUGCUGAGAUUCAGGGCAGUUAAGGUGUUUUCCAAGGGCUGUUAAGGGGUGAUAUGAUAGCCAUGUUCAAAUAUAUAAAAGGAUGUCAUAUAGAGGAGGGAGAAAGCUUGUUUUCUGCUGCUCCAGAGAAGCAGACACGGAGCAAUUGAUUCAAACUACAAGAAAGAAGAUUCCACCUAAACAUUAGGAAGAACUUCCUGACAGUAAGAGCUGUUCAGCAGUGGAAUUUGCUACCAAGGAGUGUGGUGGAGUCUCCUUCUUUGGAGGUCUUUAAGCAGAGGCUUGACAGCCAUAUGUCAAGAAUGCUUUGAUGGUGUUUCCUGCUCGGCAGGGGGUUGGACUGGAUGGCCCUUGUGGUCUCUUCCAACUCUACGAUUCUAUGAUUCUAUGUACUGUGGCAAUAGAGGUUUUGUAUACCAAAAGCAAAUAAUUAAACUCGGCCCAGUGGCAUAUUGGGAGCCAGUGCAAUUUGUUUAGCAAAGGCAUUACAUAUUGGGGCUUAGGGUGCUCUGUUAAGUAAUCUGCACCAGCUGCAGCCUCUGGACCCACCUUAAGGGCCCACCUAGAGUGCCUUGCAAGUAAUCCAGCUUUGAUAUUAACAGUGCAUGUGGUCAAGGAAUGGUUAUAGUUGGGGUACUAGCUGAAGCUGGUGAAAGAAUCCUCUCUCCCUUUCCAACUCAGGAGCUGGGGACAAUAUACUUGGGCUUACCUUAUUGUAUCCUCCUCACAACUACUCCAUGGAGUAGGCUUAGGAAGGGGGGUGCUGAAGUCACCCAGUGAGCUUCCUGGCUUGGUGGGGAUUGGCGUCCAGUUGAAGGGCAGCCCACUCUCCUUGGCUGGGCACGGCCUCCUAUUCUGGACUAAGGAAUACAGCAGGCAGGGGGGUAAGUGCAGGUAUGUGGCACAGAGCCACAAAAAUAUCCCAGCAAGGCCGUCUGCCCACAAGCCAGGCAUGAAACAGGAUUUCUUGGCUAAGCUGCCCAUUCUGAAGACUCGCAGGACGUGUUCACGCAUGAAGUGCUUGGUGAAAUUUUGUCUGGUGCUUGUGUUCUUUCUUUUUUCUUAAGAAGAAAACUCUCAAGUGCUGGGCCUGGUGAUUUCCUAGGACCAGUUCUCCACCACCACCCAUCUACUGCAGUGGGACCCCCCAGAGCCUCACGCAGACAUCUCCCUUGCUUCGUAUGUUAAAACAGCCUUUCCUAACAGCUGGCUGGGACUGAUGGGAGUUGUAGUCCAAAAGCAUCUGAAAGGCUGCAUUGAAGUCUUCUCCCUACCCACCAUAUGAGGGCUUUUGAAUUGCCCCCUCCUCCUUAAUGAUUGCUCCAGCAUCCCGUGUUAUCCACACAUCCAUCCACUCUGACUGUGCCUGCAAGCUCUAACAAAUUAAUUGGUGCAAUUUGUCAACGGAUGGUUUAAAAGGCACCUUCGCUGUAAUUUUGUAAUUUGUAUAUUUAUAUAGAUGCCAUUGAUUAAAGGCCAGGCUGAUUACAGAAUCUUUUCUUGACCUCUCUACCCACUGCGAGCUGAGAUCGGGGGAAGGCAGAGUUGGAAAACUCUUUUAAAAAAUUCCUCGCUGUCAUGUUGCACAACCUGGCACCCCCCAGAUGAUGUUGGACUGCAAGCUGGUGUGCUGACUUGGGGCUGAUGAGAGUUGUAGUCCAACCAUAUUUGGAGGGUGCUGGGUUGGCAAUUAAAAAAAAAAGAUUUCUACGUGACUGCCUCAAACUAUAUCUGAUUUCUCAGUGCUCUGGAGACCAGCUAGGGAAUUCACACAGGUGCCAGCUGUCAGAAAGGAAAAAGCAGAGUUGUCAUAAUGAAACAAACUUGUCCACAAGGAAGGCGUUCCUCUUUGUGCCUGUCAGUUGGAAGUGGGCUUCUGCGACCAAAGAGAAGAGCCAUUGUUAAUAUUUCCCAAAGUCUUCACUUUCGUUUUGUCGUUUUAGCAGCUUGCAACUGCAUAUUUAUUUGUCCUCAAGGGCUGCAAUUGCAAGGCAGAGCUGGUUUGUUUUAAUAAACAGAAAACAUGUCUGCGCACAGAUGCCUCUCCCUUCCACAGCUCAAACCUGGGUUAUAAUAGGGGGCCCAGACUGAGGCUGUCGGGGUUUAUAUCUGUGUUUGGGUUCUUUUUGUUUUAAAAGCAAGCGGAGCUCUUGGCUUGGUUGUUAUUUUGUGGCAAGGAGUUCCACAAGUCAGUUGGUGGGAAGAAAAGCUGCUCCCUGCUUUUUCCCAUUCCUUCCUUGGCCUGGGUAUCCUUACCUGGAAACAAGUAAGCAGAAAGCUUCCGUAAAAGAAUCCAGGGAACUGUAGUUUUUGCUCAGAGUUACCAUUCCCAACACACUUCACAAACUUCAUUUCCCGGGGUUCUUUUGUGGAAUCCCUGUGGUUUAAGUGUGUGUCUCAUAUGGGGUGUGCACAGGAUGAGAGAAGGCAUAACAUUGUGCUGUUGAAGUAUCUUCCUCUCCUUUAGGCAGAGGAAGUAUCCUUUAAGCAGGCUCCUGGUAACUUUUAUUUUUAAAAGUCUGAAACAGUCGGGGACCCUCUCUGUUUAUACAAACAUUCAUCCCAACUGCUGCUUUUAAACUGCAUUUCCCCCUACAGCUACCUGGCUGAGUUUCUCUCUUCUGUUCAUAAAUAGUAUCCUUGCCAUCUCUUGGCUCCUCAAAAAGGAAGGGCGCAGUCCACUUAACCCUUUCAUGAAUGACAGGUUACACAACCCGGAAGUUAAAAUUCAGCCUACUUUGAAAAAUGCCUUUUCCAACAAAUGGGAUUAUUCUCCUUCUCCUCCAACCCCAGCUGUGCAUUUACACACACAGGAUCUGACCUUGCAUUGCUGCAAAACCUGCAAGCGCUGAAAUACGUGGUCUUGUGUGCACUUCGUUUUCAUCACAGAGCAGUGCUAGUUUGAAGCUCGUGUCUCUUUUCCUGUACUAGAAAUGUCUGGGAAUUUGAGUGGGUGUGAAAUUUAAAGAGAGUUUGAGGUUACUUCGUUGAAUCACAAGGGAUGAAAGAGACCUAUAAGCUUGGUCCAAAGGCAGGAUGCCUAUGGGCAUCAACGCCACCCCCUCUGCCCCGAGAUCUGACUCCCAUAAUCCAGGCCACAAAUGGCAUACCAAGGCAUCUGCAAAGCAACUAGAUUCAGAUGACUCAAGCAAGCGAGUCCAGUUCAGUACUGUAGAGAAAAGGGCCAUUCUGCUUCCAUACAGUUCCUCUUCUGAGGAAUACUGUCCCAGCUACCCAGUGUUAGAAACUCAGAUAUAUUAGCUAGAUGCCAAAUGGGCUCAUUAAACCAGGGUUACAGUCACCAAAACAGAAUGCCCAAUUGUCAUUUUUGGGCCAGACAGCUCGAAAGUCGUAUUUUUCAAAAUGACUUUUUGGCUCCUGAAAUUCAUUCUGAUCAAAUAUAACAAAUAGAAUUCUACAGGAUGUGUUGUCAGUAUCUGAAAACAGUCAAGAUCCAACGAUCCCCAGGCAUGCACCUCCAGAUGAUGGAGACGUCAGGCACCAUCCUGGCAACUAAACAUCUUCGCUUGGUCGCAAGUGGCCAAUAGCCAGGUGCAAAAUGCACCAGGCGCUUGGGGAAUUUCGAGCGCUGAUGAUCGUUAUGUUGGAGGCUUCUGAAUGCCAGCUGCUGUGAUGCACAAGUCGGGAGAGAACCCUUGCUCUCAAGUUCUGCUUUUCGGCUUCCCAUUAUGGCAUCUGGUUGACCACUGUAUGAACAGGAUGCUGAACUAGAUACCCGUCCCCUUAAUCUACUAGGGCUCUUUUUUCAGUUCUUCUAGGUAGGCUCCUGCUUCUUGAUAUGCCUGGCACAAUGGCACCUCCUGCAUCAGUUGUGGACCUCUUGUCUUUACUGUGUAAUAUCAGUGGGGCAUGGGAGCAGCACGGCACACUUGGCUUGGUUCCCAGGCCAUUCCCAGACCAAAUGAUGCCUAGUGGCAGGGCUGGGGAAAAUCCAUCAGAGCUGGGCACAAAGUGGCAGAGGGCACAGCUCAGUGGCAGAAUCCCCUGGGAAAGGGGAAGAGUCCUGCUAGGGAGCCUAGAGAGUACUCCCUAAGCGGAUAGAUCUAUCUAUCUAUCAUCUAUCUAUCUAUCUAUCUAUCUAUCUAUCUAUCUAUCUAUCUAUCAGAUCCCCCCAAUAUAUUUAUUGGUUUUAUAAACCUUGAACAAACAUACAACAAACAGAAGACAAAAUACAAAAUGCAAAAUACAAAAAACAAAACAAUACAUAAUACAAAAAUACAUUAAAAAGAAAUACAAAAUACAAAAAUCUUAUUCUAACUUUGAUUCUAAACUUGUUGACUUCCUCCUUUCUCUCUCAACUGUGUUUCAAAAUAUCACAUCCUUAGUACUUUCCACAUCUUAUUCCAUCUAUUUUAAAAAUUAUUUAAACAUCUCAUAACUCUCAUUGACUUAUCUAACAUAUUAUAUCUCUUAUUAUAUAUUAUCUUAAAAUUCUAAUUUCUAUAACACUUUUAUCUAAAUAUCACUCUCUGUUAUCUCAGCCUUUAUCUAAAUCUUAAUAUACAAUUCAACCUUAACCAAGUCUCUUCUGCAGCCUCCUUACACUUCCAAAUCUUAUAUCAAACACUAAUAAUCUUAAAAUGAUUUCCUAAAUAAACUUUAAAUUUCUUCCAAUCUUCCUCCACCGACUCUUCCCCCUGUUCACGGAGUCUUCUGGUCAGCUCAGCCAGUUCCAUAAAUUCUAUCAGCUUCAACUGCCAGUCGUCCACAGUAGGCAAAUCUUCACUUUUCCAAUUUCUUGCUAAUAAAAUUCUCGCUGCUGUUGUGGCAUAAAAAAAAAAACAACCAACGUGAUAUCUUUCUUUGGUAGUUCCUCUCUAAUUAUCCCAAGUAAAAAAAGCUUCUGGUUUCUUAACAAAAGUGUUUUUAACACUUUCUUCAUUUCGUUAUGAAUCUUUUCCCAAAAGCUCUUUACUUGGGGGCAUGUCCACCACAUAUGGUAAAAGGUUCCUUCCACAUUCUUACAUUUCCAACAUUUAUUGUCCUUUUAAUGAUAAAUCUUAGCUAGUUUUACUGGUGUAAGAUACCACCCAGAUUUCUUACCUGCUAUGAAGCUCCAGGGUUGGUCACAACCCACAACAUAUAACUUGCAGUUCAAAAAACAGUUACUAUAAAACCAUUACAAUGAUAAAAAAGAAGGAAAACCAUUCCAGAUGAACAGAAGAGUAUACAUUCAGCAGAAAUAGGUGAGUCCUACAAAACAUGUUGCUGUCAAAGGCUGGGGGAAAGAGUUGUAUCUUUUAGCAUUAAGUCAGAAAAUGUGGAGAGGGAACAUUUUCACUGAGACUGUUGCAAGGAGAAAGGGUUUAACUCUCCCUAAUUUGCAAGGGCCGGAUGCCGCAAUUCCUUCUCCCACCAUUGCUUGGCUGCUGUUUACUUUUCUGUAAAAAAAACCCUCAGUAGUGCAUAUUAAUUGCACUAUUAAGUCAUUAAUUGCCCGAUUAAGUCACGUCUAAUUUGGUCCCCAGGAAACAGUGCUAAAGGGAGGAUCCUGGCUCAGAGGUAGAGAACAAUUCUGGGUUCAGAGGAACCAUUGGCUUGGCUAGCCAUAAGACAGCUUGCUAAGUUCCUAAGAUAGCAGUGGCUUUCCCAAAUGAAACCACCCAAUGAGGCUGAGAUGGGCCUGUAAUGGAGACUGCACUCCUACCUGGCACUGUCUCUCUCUCUAGCUGCAUCAGUCUACUAAGUAACUAAGUAACUAGGACCCAUAGGAAGAAUGCAGAGAUGUGAGAUGUUGGUGACAAGGUAAUGUGUGACAAGAUGCCGUUUAUUUUGUAGGGUUCAAUUGCAUCCUGUGCUAGAAAGGCUGCCUGGUUCCUUCAGCUGUUACUAAGCACACUGUUGCUGGCCUCAACCUUAAUUGCUGAAAUAGUUUCCAAGUGUUUGUGAAAUAAUUUUGUUAAUCUGCAGGGCGCAGAAGGCCAAGAGUGACAUUUCUGAAAAUGUGGGCAACAGGAAUCCAGUGUCUGGUUUGAACUGGAAACCAAUGUGAGCUUCUCAGACUGAACAAAGAGAGGUGUGCCUCUUCCACCUGGAGGGGAGGGGGAAGUGCAAGAAAUGCUUUUGCAAACAGCAUAAUCUGAGAUCUGAUUUUUAAAACCCACCAAAUUGUUUUGGAGUCAGAUUUCUGUAUAUGAGGAACGUGUUCUUUCUUAAGACAAUAUGAUCAUUGACAUGGUCUCUGGCACAGGAGAGGGUGAGAAAUGAAGGUGAAGAGCUGAACAAAUAUGAAUUAGAACGGAUUUGACUUGUCAAACCGGUGCAGGUGCCUUUGAGUUUCUGUAUUUCUCCAGUUUCAGGUGAGGAAGUCAGGGGCAAUUCAGUGAGGGCUGCCAUCUCAGCCACCCUUACCUGGGUGCAAGUCCCAUGGAACCCAGUGAGCUGACUGCACAGGAUCAGCUGGAAUGGGAAACCUUUCUUUCCAUCGAUUUGGAUCUUGGUUAUAGCAGGAGGAAGGCACAAGCCGCAGGGACUGAAAUCGGGUCUCAGCAGGAAAUAGCUGGCCAACGUUUAGCUUAUUUCUGUUAAUGAUUUCAGAUCUUAACUUAGGCUUUUUGGUGUCAGGCUUUUGUUUUCACCCAGAAGGGUUUUUGUUUCCUCCUUGAGGGGCCCAGAGACUCAAGUGCCUUUCUGUAAACUGCUUAGACUCUCCCAAAACUUGGUUUCACCCGCUAACCCCCAGUGACCCAUAACAUACUCAGGAGUUUCAUUUAAUCAGCUUUACACAUUAAGCUUUCCUUCCAUUCCGUUUUACAGAUUUCAGCCCUUUGCAGGGAGGGGGUGUCCUGCUGAAAUAAAUUCCAGAUUUGGUGCCCAUUUUUAGGGCAGUGCAAGGCUGCCAGUUUGCAUACAACAGCUUUUCAUACAUUCUGUUUUCUAUGAAUUUUGAAUUAUUGGCAAGGGACAGGACAGAUGCUGCCAUGGCAUCUUAGGCAAAGGUAAAGGUAAAGGACCCUUGGACAGUUAAGUCCAGUCGAAUUUGACUAUGGGGUGUGGUGCUUAUUUCGCUUCAGGCCAAGGGAGCCAAUGUUUGCCUGCAGUCAGCUUUCUGGAUCAUGUAGUAAGCAUGACUAAACUGCUUCUGGUGCAACGGGACACAGUGACGAGUGCCAGAGCACACGGAAACGCCGUUUGCCUUCCCACUGCAGCGGUACCUAUUUAUCUACUUGCAUUGGUAUGCUUUUGAACUGCUAGGUUGGCAGGAGCUGGGACAGAGCAAAGAGAGCUCACCCCAUCACAUGGAUUCCAACCACCAACUUCUGAUCGGCAAGCCCAAGAGGCUCAUUGGUUUAGACCACAGGGCCACCCGCUCCCUUUCAUGGCAUCUUAAAGGACAGGGUGCAUGGGCGUACCCAGCGAGGGACGGGGGGGGGCGAGAAGCAGCCUGAAAUCGGGCUGUUUUCGUCCCCUCCACGGCUGCAGCCAGCAACAGGAACGUGGGAGGGGAGCAGCCUGAGCUGGGGGUGGGGGUGGAAGGGAGCUCCAUCCUUCCGUCCCCCCUCUUUCUUCCUUCCUUUUUCUCUCUCUCUCUCCCUCCCUCCCUUCUCUCUCUCUCUCACCCCUUCCUUCCUUCCUUCCUUCCUUCCUUCUCUCUCUCUCACCCACCCCUCCCUCCCUCCCUCCUUCCUCCCCUCUCUCUUCCCCUCUCUUGCCCCCCCCAGCUUUGAUCCUGUUUACGCCCCUGACAGGGUGGGCCAUGGGGCAAAGAAUAACAGCUGCAGGGGUGUCCUAUGACCAUUGGGUGGGGCCGUAGGUCAGUGAUGGUGGAGCAGAAUUUGCAUUUGGGUGAAGGAGAAAUCCAUUUGAAAUAGAUUUGCACAUGGAUUUUGCUGGGUCUGAUCCAAUUGGGCUUCACUUGCAAUGGAUUGUUUCUCAUAUUGAGGGCCUGCUGCUUAUAUGCCAUCUGCCUGUAUAAUGUCUGGUGUCCUUUUUUUUUUUUGGUAAGCCUGACUAAUCACAUAGAAAAUGACUCAUUUUUUAAAAACAUAGAUUGUACAUAUAAAUGCAUAUAAAACAGUCAAGCCCCAUGCUGCACAAUAUUUUGUGUAGAAGAAUGUUACCAGUAUAUUAAUACAUAUGAGUUUUAUAAAGUAAUAUGCAUUGUAUGCAUCUGUAUAUGUCCUGGUUACUUUCUGCUUGUGUAUAGUAUUGUACGCAUAAUAAUAUAAUUUGUGAGAUUUCCGUGCAUUUGUAGCAGAACAGGGGACCUCACUUCUAGUCAAGAUUAAGGAGCAAGUUGGGGUUUGGGGUGGGGAAUCUCUUGAGAUAGUCAGAAGAAUGCACCCCUUUUUGACAUGCUGAAAGCCCAAAGAUUAGAAUCUAUGGCAUUUUAAAAUAAUUUUUUGAAUAGGGCUGCUAGGAAAGAAAUACUGCCCCCCCCCAUUUUUCUGAGACCUUACAGUCCUACUGCUGGCCUGGCUCAGUAGUACAAGGCAGUUUCCUGUAUUCACCGAAAGACUUGCCGAAGGCCCUUCCUGGAUUCUGACAUUUCUUUGAAAGCACUUGGGUGUGAUAUGUACUUUUAGUAUUUUCCACCUGCCAAUCUGCCUUGAUCAGGGAUAGACAAUGUGGUGCCCUCCAGAUGUUCAGCAAUCAGCUGUAGUCGGCAGAUUGGGAUCUCUUGUGCCCUUGGCAAGGAGCUGUAUUGGCAUCCCCCCCACCCCCCAAAAAAAACACUUUACCGCAAUAGCUGCAUUAGAAAUGACUAUAUUUUACUUGACCCAAAUACUUGAAGCAUCCAGAGUGAGUGCGAGGGUGAAGGGCAAAAAAUAAAAGUGCAUGUGAGAAGAACUUGCUGCGACAGGGGCAUCGCGUCAGCGCACACAUUUACACAAUGCACUCCAUAGUCUGAUUUUUUUGCACGCAUCCCUCAUCCCAGGCCUGUGUCCCGGCAGAGUUUGGUUUCACCAGCCCCUAGGUACGCCUCUAGCAGGCAGUAUGGUCAAUGGUCAGGGCUGAUGGGGGUUUGAGUUCAUCAACAUCUGGAAACCUCCUGCCUAGAGCCACAGAAGACCAUGGGAUAUAUUUGGGAACCCCUAAUCACACCAGGAUCUUCAUGUUAGGCCAUGCCAUAAAAUGUAUGCACUGCUAGAUUGUGAGGGGAAAACCUCAGAGCAGUUCACAAAAGAAUAAUAAUUUUAAAAUUGUCAAUAAAAACGAUUAAAGCGGCUAUUUAAAACAUUCAAAAGAUAAUUAAACAAUAAGCUAAAAACUGAUUAAAACACAAGUCAGCAUUCUACAUAUCUGGGCAAGCUUGCCUGAAAAAAAAAGUUUUUAGUAGGCACUGAAAAGAAGUGAAGGUGCUUGCCUGCCUCAUAUCACUAGGCAGGGAGUUCCAAAGUGUAGGUGCUGCCACACUAAAAGAUUGCUAUAUUACAAUUGCAGAAUGAGGAUUAUGAGGCACCUGCAACUGUGCCAGUUCCACUCUUUGCUCAGGGGUUCUCUGAUGGAUGCUGCUACACCUUCACUGGUAAACCUAAGCGAAGGCGGCUGCAAACGGGGGGUAUUUAACCUGGUGCCCACCAGAGAUGGGCUGAAUGAAGCAUUUGCCACCAUUUUCCUUUUCCAGUGAAGGUAGCGGCAGAGGACACCCCACCUAAGGCCCUCUUAUGCAUGGCACUGGCCCUUGCAUGGGCCAGAAUGUGCAAACUUGUAAGCUUCACAGAACUGUUUGUCAUAGGUCUGGUUUGCACAUUACAUUACACUGUGGUUGAAGAAACCAUGAGUUGUCCCAGUGACAAUCAACCAAACCAUAGCUUGUUUGCCCAGAGUCCGUUUUGUUUCCCAGCUGCUCUUGCUUUGUGCCUUAGCAGCUUGGCAGUUGUGUGGGGAAAUCGCCAAGGAAAUCAAAAGGUGACAGAAAAUUAAAGCGGGACAGAAUGUUGGGGAAAUACAACAAAUGAAUGUGCAUGAGUGAAGGAGGGAAUUGAGAUAGAUGGAUGGAUGGUUAGCUAGAUAAGCUUUAGGCAAGUAUAAUUAUAAUGCUUUUGACUGUAAAGGACUUCUGCAGGUAUGGUGAAGGGUAGCUAGAUUCUGAGUCCAUUUUUUGUCCUCCCCCUAAAAUGCUGCCGCCUUGUGGACUCUGUCAGCCAAGGCUUCCAUCUGUGCCCAGGCAUGGCCCCAGAACAUGUAAAUCAGGACCAGGGCUUUGGAGCAUGUGCAAAAUCUCUCUCCUGCUCCAGUGAGCACCCCCAAGUCAGAGGGGUGCAAUGUUCAGGCAAACCUUUAGCUGGGUCACCCCUCACUUUUUUGGAAAUGAAACCCUUCUGGUGACACUGGAGGAGUGAGAUCGAGAGAUGGAGCUAGGAGGCAGCAAAGCUGUCAGGGCAGGAAGAAGACAAGAGGCCAACCCCCCCUGCGUGCCCCUCCCCUUUGCCUCCUGCGAUUGGCUCAGUGACCAAGGGAGGGAGGAGUGGAUGCUGAAAGCAGGCAGCGGCCCUGAGCCACAGGGAUGGGAAGGCAGAGCUGAGCCCUGUGCGCCUCUCCCUCUUUCUUUCUGUGCCACGGAAACCCAGCCAAGGAGAGAGAAGGCUUGCCUGGCUCAGUCAUGUAAGCACCCUGUUCCUCCUCCUCCUCCUCUUCCCAGCAACAAGGGGGUGGGUGGGGCAAGGUGAGGAGGAAGAGACGGGGGAAAGGUGCCUGUUGCACCUACGGGCACCAUGGGCAACUCGUACCACAAGUGGAGCCCCCCAAAUGCCAAGGGAUGGUCUCUCUGGAACUUUGGCCGCUCUGCAGGGCUGAAGACAGGGGCUGCCAAGGCUGAAAACGAGAAGCGUCUGAGUGUCCAGUACAAGGCAAGGGACGAGCGGCCUGACAAUGUUUUCUUCCCCAGCAACCGACCUCCACACCUUGAGGAGCUACAUAUCCAGGCCCAGGCUGGGCUCAAGUCUUUGCAGAACCAAGAGAAACACAAGCAGAGCAAGAGGGUCUGGGACCACAGCGACACCAGCAGCAUCCAGUCUUCCCGCUCAUCCACAGAGGGUGACGACCUCUCGGUCCGGAGUCAGACCCCAUCAUGUGCCACGGAAAGCACCUCCGAGGAUGCCCUCUCGGUCCGCUCAGAGAUGAUCCAGAGGAAAGGCUCCACCUUUCGGCCACAUGAUUCGUUCCCCAAAUCCUCAGCGAAGGGCGAGAAGAGGAAGAAAGAGCGGAGGACUACUGUUCUGGGUCUCCCCCAACAUGUGCAGAAAGAGCUGGGCCUGAGCAACGGAUAUGAGGCGAAGAAACGUCCGGGCAGCAUUGCUGUCCGACCUGAUGCGACCCCUCCGGCCCUCUCGAAUGGUGGCAAGGUCCAAGGCAAUGCCAUCCACAUCCCCACCGUGGAUGGGAAACUGCGGCCCACCGCCAUCCCCAAGGGUGGUGCCCGUGUCUCCCUGCAGGCCCUGCAGGCCCUUGAGGGCGACACCGCCCUCCAGCGCCACAUCAACUGCGUCUACUAUGACGACUCACUCCUGGGGUGCAAGACGGCAGCGAAGCUGUCCCCCUUGGCCAGGCCCAAGUCUCUGGCUGUCCCCUGGAUGACCACCCAGCCAGGCUCCCCCGAGCUGCUGGGCCCCGUCAUGUCCAUCUCUCCACAGGGCACCUACCUGUCGAAGAUCAUCCCCAACGCCGUCAUGCCUCCCAUGGUGGACGUCAUCGCCCUCUCGCGUAACAAGGUGCGCACGCUGAGCCGCUGCAGCCUCUCGACUGCUAGCCCGGCUUCCAUGCGCUCGGUGGGACGCUUCCCUUCCGGCCCCCGCAGCCGCGAGCACUCCUCCUCCAGCGACAACUGGAGCCAUUCCCAGUCCACAGAAACCAUCGUUUCGAACACCUCCACCAUCUCCUCACACGGGGGCACCGACGGCAGGAAAGGCCAGGCCAGGCCCGACGGACAGGUCCCAGCGGCGGAUAGGGCCGACUUGGACCAGCUCAGUACCUUCAGCUCCAUGAGCGGCACCAGCUCAAACUGCCUCGGCGGCAAGGCCGCCCCCGCCUCCCCCCACCUCCUUGGGGUGCGCCCCCCCGGAAGCAGCGGGCGGGCCUCCCCUGCCUACAGCACCGGCAGUGCGGCGGAGGGCUCAGACAGCAUGAGCGUGCGGAGCGACCGUUCCUCCACCCGCAGUGUUUCCCUCAGGAAGAUGAAGAGAGCCCCUGCACCCCCACGCAGGACGUACUCCCUACACAAGAAGGCUCAGCAGCUGGAGGCUGAGGGGGCACCCAGAGCGAUGGGCCUGCCCCCCAUGCCAGAGCGCAGGCCCCCACGGGAAGGCAGCGAGGCGUGGACUGCGGGGCGGCUAGGGAGCCCCAGCCUAACUGGGGACGACGAAGUGUUUUCCCCCUCCUCGCAGAGCGAGACCAGCAGUCUCCGUUCCGACAGCCUGGCCUGCUCUCCCGACAUCUCUCACCGGAGCCCGAGGACCAUCCGAGAGGAGGGGCAAGUGGGCGAGACGCCGGAAGUCCCCUCGAAGCACAGCUCCCCCGACCACUUUGGCCGCACGAUGUCGCCCUCCAGUGGGUACUCAAGUCAGAGCGGCACGCCCACUCUCCACACCAAGGGCCUCGUGGCCCACGCCUCGCCCUCCGGGAAGAAGAGGCCCCAACCAAAGAAGCCGGAGCGGGUCUGCUCCCUGCAAUCCCCGGGGCCCUCCGUCUCCUCCUCCCUGACAUCCUUGUCCUCCUCUGCCUCGGAUCCAGCCGCUGUGGAGGGGACAGCCCCACCUUCAGCAGGACCCUCUGCCAAUGCUGCCCCCGCUCUGAAUAAAAUGGACAGGUUCCUUAUCCCUCCUCACCCCAAGGUGCCAGCUCCCUUCUCCCCUCCACCCACCCAGGGCCAACAGGUGGAACCCAAACCUGGCAGUGCCCCAGUGGGCCAACCCCACCAGCAGCCCGCUGUCCUCACGAGAGCUAGUCGCAGGUCGCCUCCUCCAUCGCCCCCUCCGGCCUACCACCCGCCACCACCCCCAGCGAAGAAGGCCAGUGCCAUUCUGGAGGCCCCUGCUGCCCCGACACCUUCUGAGACCAUGCCGGACGCUCCUGCGGAUCCUCUGUGGCCCCCUCCGCCCCCACCCGUGCCCGACGCCCAUGACCUCUCCAUGGCCGACUUUCCACCCCCGGACGAGGCCUACUUUGUGCCGCCCCUGCCAGAGCCCCAGCUGCAGGCUGUGGGGACACCCUCCCUUCAAGUCACUGUGGCAGCUCCUGCGGAGAAGGAGCAGCCGGCCAACCAAAGAGCAGCCCAUGCGGAGGAGGGCCAAGCGCCUGCCUCUUCGCCCUCCUUCUCCACAAGAGUGUCCUCCAAGAUCCAGCAGCAGGGGGUGCCAGGCGCUGCACCACUGCCAGCUCCUCAAGCAGAGCUGCCACCACCUCCCAAGUUCCCCGCGGCAGGAGAAACUUCCCUCCACUGGAAGCCCGCGAUGCCUGGCCUGGCGGCAACAACCUCCAGCCUCCAAGCCCAGCCCAGCCUUAAGAAGCCUGCCGCCAGCGCCCACCCUGACCUCAAGAAAGAGCCGGCGUCUCGCAGCAAGAGCAACUCCAUGCCAAAGGAGGACGCCAGCCUCCCCAUUGUGACCCCUUCCCUGCUGCAGAUGGUCCGCCUGCGCUCGGUCCACAUGGACACCCAGGGCCCUGCUGCGAGCCCGGCAGCAGCCAACCCCGUGGCGGAGCAGAAUGGGCCGAGCACUGGGGGCAGCGGGAAGCUGGGGCAGCCUGCCCCACAGAAGCCUGUCCGUAAGUCGCUCUCCUUGAGGGCCCCAAAGGACAGCAGUACAUCUUCAAACCCCCUGCACGAUGCUGUGCGCCUGAAGGCCUCCACGUUGUCUUCCAGAGAAGCGCCGGGCCUCGGAGGGGCUGAGAGGAAAGCUGGCCACCGGCUGACGCUGCCGACUUUCCCCACCGCAGCAGCUGCUCCCACCGGCGAGGCGAAAGAGGACCAAAUGUCCCCCCACCAUAAGUCCCCGGCUUCAACGGCCAGCUUCAUCUUCGCCAAGAGCCCCAAGAAGCUGGUCAUCGACACCCCGGCCUCCCCAGAGGCCCAGGCCAACCUGAAGAAGAACCUGGUUGCGGAACUGAUGAACGUUUCUGGUCAGCGGUCCACGGCAGCCCUGGGGCUCCCCCAGCAGGGCUCAGGAAAGCCCCAGGCCUGGAAGAUCCCUCCGCCCAUAGCUAGGAAGCCCUCGCUAGGGCCAGGCCAGCUGCCGUCUCCCCAAAGCCCCAAGCCAGCAGGAGCUGAGGAGCUAAGCUGCACCCUGCCAGUGGCUGGGGACAGGACUAAGAGUGAGGGGUCUGGUCACCAGGCCGCUCUCCUUGGGGACAGCAGUGACAGCCCCCCGGCAGGGCCUGCAACACCACUACAGAGCCCCCCAGCACAAGAUUUACAGGAGGAGAUGGCGUGAAGGGAGACCCUGCAGCGUGGUUGCCCCUGGAAUACAGGAAUUAAAAAUAAUUAACAAACAGAGAAAGAAAGAAAAUCUCAGGGACCUGAGCAGGCCAGAGGAGGUCCUGGAUGCGACGAAAAGGAAGACAAAACAGCCUUAGCCUCUGAUGGCCUUGAUAUUUAUGCAAAAAUUGUGUCGGUUUCACUUUUUCUUCAGUAACACGGCUUUAUUUUACAUACAGAGACAAAAAGUAGCACAACACCCUUCCUUGCUGCCGCCGCCUCCUCCUCCCUCAAUGGGGCAGCUUUUCUCAGCUGGGGUUUUAUUUUUCCCAUUGUGGGGUGGUUUUUUUGGUGCAUAAGGAAAAUGGCUUUUAAGGACAAUGGACAAUGAGGACUGUUUGCGCUGCCUGCUCCCCCUGCCCCACCCCAAGGAGAAGCUGGCAGAGUCGAACCAACCUGGGCUGUGUGUGUGUGUGUGUGUGUGUGUGUGUGUGUGUGUGUGUGUGUGUGUGUGUGUGGACCCCCAGAAGAGCUCCCUCCCUUCUUUUCUCUUUGUGGUGGGGUUGGGAGCAUCGCCUGCUUUUGCACCCCUGGAAUUGUACAAAACAAGCACUUUCUCUAAUCGAGGCUGGAGACUGCAAGGACUGCUGCUUAUGGAGAGCUGUGUAGUCUUCCCAAAUGCUGCUGGGGCCCAGAUCCUUUCUGCUUCAUUCCUGUGUGCUCCUGCGAAGAGCUUGCACUGAAGGGACCCUGCAAGUUAGCCUUGCUGUUCUAGUGGCAAGCCAUGCGGUGAUGUAUCUGGCUAGCCCAGGUAGGGUUCCGUGGUGCAAACUGGUCCCUACCAAGCAACAGCUGAUUCUGGGUGGAGGGUGAGCUGCACCCUUCCCGUGGGAGACAGCUAGGAGGGGACCUAGUAUAAUUCCACCAUAGCACAAACAGGGGCACAUAAUUGUUCUACUCUUUCUCAGAUGCCACUUAUGUUACCUUCUUUGUGCCUAGAAGUAUCCCCCAAGGGUGGGUUGUCUCCUUGAGGGUCCAGGUACGAGAAACCUUUUGAGGGGCUCACAAGGGCUGAGCUGCCUAGCAGUGCAUGUGCAAGAGGUAUGUGCUGGGCUAGCUGGUUCAGCUGGGGGGCGGGGAGACUUGGCAGGAGGGGCAGCCAGAGCCCCUUGGAGCUUAGCUCUUCACUGCCAAAAUGCUAAAGGUCCAGGGCAUUUUGCAGCAAAACAUUCCAGGCCUAGAGCAUCCUAUCUUGGAGCAAGGGGAUUGAAUGGGUGAUUCGGGGUGGGGUAGGGUGGGCAAAGGCUCUUCCAUUCUGCAAGCAAAGCUCUCCUCCUCCUUCCCAUUCAGCAUGGUGGAUGUGGUGUGAUUCUGGCUUUGGCAGCAUCCUUUUCUUUGGUGAAUUUGAAACUUCCUGGAGGGGAAGGGAUGGCAGGUAAGUAUUAAGGCAGCUUUGAGAUCCAGCCUGGGUCAGGGGUGUGUGUGCAUCCCUUGCUAGAAGCCCGCUGGCUUGCGGAGUCCAGCUUCACCCAGGGCACACCUCCUGCUGCAGGCAAAUAGUGUGUGGGAGUGGAUAUGGUUGCCCCCCCCCCUUGUCGUUGGUGGCCUGAUGUUGGUCACAGAAAGGUGCAAACUCUGCAAGAGGUGCCAGGGGCAGGACAGAACCCCUCCACCCACAGUUGCUACAUGAAGCUAUCAAGAAGGGCUGGGCAUCCCAGGGUCACUACUAAACCUCCGAGGAGCACAAGAAUUCAUGCAAUGGGUUUGUAGGUUGACUAAGUGCUGUGAGUCCACAUAAUCUUUGAUGGCAAAAGGGCAUUAGAUGGUUGCUGCCAGCCAGGGUAGACCGAGCCAUCUUUGCCAAGUUGCUGCCUUCCAGAUGUUUAGGAAUGGUCUGAAGUAGUUGCCUGUGUUUGAAAAGCCCUGCUCCGAAGUGUGAUGGUUUUAAGGCUGCUCAUUCAUUUUGCCCCCCCCCCCGGGCCAUUAUUAGGUGGCAGGUGGCACCCCGACUGCCACAGCCUAGUAAAUGGCAUAACUGGGAGACUCAGCUGUGUGUUGCCACCAUACCUACCCCCCCACUCCUGCCCCACCAACCUGCCUCCUUUUCCUGGUGCUGUACUUACGACCGUGUGUGCCUGAUGUUACAAACCCCAGCAGUGAGUCUCUCCCAGAAACGGGGGGCACCCUCUUCCUCUGCUGGAGACCCCCUCUCCCCUGAACACCCUCUCCAGGCUACAUCAGCUGUCAGGAGCUCACGCCUAGCUAAGAGGCUUUCCUUCUCGCCCCUCAAGCAGGGUGUGGGGGCGGGAAUAUCUUAAUUUCCCUCUCAACCUCUUACCCCAAGGCUGCAUUCUCCUCCCAGAUUGUUCUGCCAAGAGCCAACACAGCACUUUGAAGGCAGGAGAACAGACAAAUCAGAAGGAGUUUUUUUGGGGGGUGUCCCAGUGGGGCAGGGCACAGCAUUUAGAAAUGAUACCAAGCACCUGAAUUUGUCCCCCACCCCCAAUGCCUUUGUUUUCUAUUCUUUAGGAACAUUAGACAACUGAUUUUAUAUAGACUUCUGAAGAAGAAAAAUCUUGGGUCAUUUGAUUUUGAUUUUUUCCCUCAUGAUUGUAAAACAGGAGUGGGGGGAGGGAGCUACCUUUGAGAAAGGGAUGGAAGGGGGGAAGAUGGUGAAAUACAUUUUUAAAGACUGUCUUUGUAAAGAUAAAUUAAAGCUUGCUUGCUUGCUUGCUGUCUCUCUUA